AUGGGCCACGGCCACCACGGUCUCUGUGACGGUGUUGGCUUUUGUAAAUUAUGGUGGGAUGACUGGAUGAUUAUUUUCUCGAUGUUAUGGAACUUUAUUGUCGUCGGCUUUAUCUUUGGCAUGAUCCACGAGGGCAUGGGCAUACAUGCUGACAAGCUUCCUACCUCUCAAAUUAUUCUGAUUGCCAAAUACCUCGUGGUCGCUGAGAUUCUCUACGUCUUCAACCUAGUCUGGACCAAACUCAGCAUUCUCCUUAUGUACUACCGCAUUUUCCGCUUUCCCUACUUCAAAAAAUGGGCCUACGCCAUCGGCACCUUUGUCAUUCUCUGGGUCAUCUGCAUCACUUUCCUAUUCAUCUUCAUCUGCGUCCCCGUCCAGAAACUCUGGUACCCCAGUCUCCCCGGCCACUGCAUCAGCCAGGUCGGCACUUGGAUCGCCAACGCAACCUCCACCAUCGCCACAGACCUCAUCAUCUUAUUUCUUCCCCUCCCUCAAGUCUGGAAGCUCCAGCUCCGACUGUCCGAGAAGAUUGCUCUUACAGUCGCCUUUGGCCUGGGUUUCUUCGUAAUCUUCGCCUCCGCCUACCGCUUCACCGUCCUUUUCAGCUACACCUCCGCCGACUCAAGCUACACACUCGCCCCAACCGUCGGCUGGACCGCCAUCGAAAUGUCCGCCGGCAUCGUCUCCGCCUGUCUCCCCACCCUCCGUCCAGCACUCCAACUCGCCGCCCGAAAGCUCGGCCUCAGAUCCGCCCUUGUACCUGCCCUCUUCCGCAGUCGCACCUCUCCACUCUCCAAGUCGGACGAUAGCCAGAUGCCCGCGGACAGCACGGCCAGCACAGCGGGCAUGGCGGCGCGCGCCAAUCGCCACUCCUUCUACCAUUUACCGGAUGAGGAGGGGGGCGUGGGCGUCACGCAGAAGCAGAUUAAGUUGGAUGCGGUAUUGAGGCCGAAACAUGAUCGAGGCCUGACGGUUACGAAUAUUAGGGGGAGUAGGGGGGCGAGUGGGUUGGUUGGGGGUGGUACUGGGUUGGGGAAUGGGGAGGAGGGGGAUGAGGUGCCGUUGCAUGGGAUUAUGGUGUCGAAGGAUUUUAGACAGGAUGGGUAG